UGGCUCUCCAACUCCGCCAGAGUUCAUCUCAGCCUUCGUGUGGCCGUUCAUACCGGAUCUGCAUACGCCGCCGUCUUUGGUCACUCUGGGAUCCAGUUCGAUUUGGUCGGAUCAGACAUAGCCCUGCUUACACGUCUUAGACGCUUGGCCAAUCGGUCUGGACGCGUGCUCGUUUCAGCAACCAGCUUCGAUCAGCUUCCUGAGGGCUACCGUGGCGAAGCUGGUCCGGUCCUCGAGCUUGACUCUCACGAUGGACAGGCGGCCAGCACACUUUCUGCCUAUUUCGUGCAACAGCGAAACCCGGUAAGUUGCCUAGAGUCGGAUCGGCCUUCAGUUUGUACGGCGACAUUAGAUGACGUCCAGACUCAGCAAAUCUGUUGUUUAGAGGGUGAUAAGGAUGAAGUGAAAGUGAUGAUGCCUUGA